UCUGCGCUCCGCUCGUCCCUCCUGCUCGGCUCGGCCAGCCAAGCCGAGCCCGAACCCCGCGACAACGACGUGCGGAAAGCGACGUUCAACAAAGACUUGGUGAAAGCGAUAGGAUGAAAGGGACAAGACCUAAGGACAGGUGACGUCCGCUAAACGACGAGCCUCGAUUAGAGGGCUUUGACUUAGUGAAUUGUACCGCCUAUAAAAGGGGUGGCACCCCUCAUUGUAAGGGAUCCCAGUUUGAAAUCAAUAUACUCCUACUUUGCAUUCUCUCUCUCUCUAAAACUUCUAUUAUUUCAUACUCUCGGUGGUUUAUAGCCAUCACUACUAAGCUACCCUCUUUGUUUACUAAAACCGUUCAUCUUUCAUUAUUUUCCUCUUUCACCAAAACAUUUUUAUUUUCUAUUAAAACUGACUUUUGAUUGGAAACUAACUUUUCUAUCUAUCACAUCAAAGAUGAAAUUGGAAAGUCAACUCCAAACAACCUGAUGGGUAUAUCCAUAUACCCGACCCGGACAACCGAAAGGGACAGGUCAAAGUAUGACCGGUCACUUUUAUCAAUCACCAAAUGAGGUUAACUCUUCGAUUUGGACGGGUCAAAAGUUGACCGGUCACUUCCACUAAAAAAGUGACCGGUCACAUUCUGGGCGAUAGCGAAAAUAUCACCUUAUUCUACGAAGGACAUUCUAGAAGACCAAAGAGACGGGUUGAGCGCAAGAAAUGACCGGGUAACCUUUCAGAGAAGGUGACCGGUCAUAUCACUUUACUUGGAUAACAUUGGUCCAGUCUCUUAGGCAUGGUGAACCACGUCAGAGGUCAAGGGGACACCCCGCCGCUCAUCCAUCACGAGGCACACAUUGAAAGGGAUGUUUGUCAUUUUGCAGGGUUGAUUGGAUUGAGAAUAUCCAUUUCGGACUUAGGAGAUUUACCCGGUCUAGGUCAUACUUUGUGUUCUUGUUGUGUGUUUUAUAUUACGGGUCGAGUGUCCAGGUUAGACCCGGUUAACCCGCCCAGCUAUAUUUACACCAUCACAACCCUUCCUUAUUUUUGCCUAAAGUCAAUGAUUUGGAAGGAUGUGCCCAUUUUGCUUUUGAUCAGUAUGCUAGCAUAUUUUUGUUUCUUGGAGCAGCUUCUGGUGUGUGACAUGGGUGCUUCUCGUUCUAUUGUCUGGUCCUUGCCCAUAUCUUCUGGUUUAGCACUCCCCUCAACUAUCAUGGCUUCUACCAUGGUGAGCAAGAGUUGCAUAUGGGCUUAUGCUACAUUCCAGUUUGCUGGGGUUUUACUAUUUACAUACAUAUUUUAUACAGUGGAGUAUAUGUUUUUAUUUCCCAAUGUAGGACUUUUGGUCAUUAUCAUGUAGUCAUUAUUCAACUAAAUAUCCAUUGUUGCUGGACAUUAUUCCUUCCACUAGUCAUUAUUCGUGACUUGAGAGUUCACUAAGUACUCUCAAGUCACGAAGACUAGGCAACAUCACAAAGCAUGCCAAAAAUAACUCACGAAGAGUCGAACUCUACCAUUGGGUCAUCGAGUUCAAAAACAAAAGAAAAGCAAAAGUCACAAAGACCAAAAAAAAGGAACAAAAGAUCAGCACACAAUCACAGAGAUAGGUUUAAAAUC